ACUCUUGAAAUGUCAUUUUGCCGGGUAUUCUAUACAACUUACAAGCACAUUCUUGUGCCUUCAUUACCACGUGAACUUCGUUGUUUAUCUCUUCAAGCCGGUGCUGCCACCCCCAGAAACAUGUCUCUCAAUGAAGCCAAGAAAAUUGCUGCCUAUCGGGCCGUAGACGAGUGGGUUAAAACCAAGACUGCAGUGGGCAUUGGCAGCGGCUCCACAGUUGUUUUUGCUGUUGAUCGUUUGGCCGAACGUGUAAAGCAGGAGGGUUUAGAAGUUGUUUGUGUACCCACCAGUUUCCAGGCACGCCAAUUAAUUGUCGAAAAUAAUUUGGUUUUGGGAGAUCUAGAUCGUUACCCCAAAUUGGAUGUGGCAAUUGAUGGUGCCGAUGAGGUCGACAAAGAUAUGGUCCUGAUCAAGGGUGGUGGCGGCUGCCUCCUGCAAGAGAAAAUUGUUGCCUCAUGUGCCGAGAAACUCAUCAUCAUUGCCGAUUACACCAAGAAUUCCCAAAAGUUGGGUGAACAAUACAAAAAAGGUGUACCCAUUGAAGUGGUGCCCAUGGCCUAUGUACCCAUACGUGAAAAGAUCCAACAGCUGUUUGGUGGUGAAUUGAAACUGCGUAUGGCCGUUGCCAAGGCUGGACCUUGUGUCACUGACAAUGGAAAUUUCAUAUUGGAUUGGCAUUUCCCACAGAGUGCCGAUUUCAAUUGGACUGAAGUGAACAGAGAUUUGUUAUUGAUCCCUGGUGUUGUGGAAACGGGAUUAUUUGUGAAUAUGGCUACCAAGGCUUACUUUGGCAUGGCUGAUGGUUCCGUGAAGACCCAGGAGAAAUAGAA